GAAGAAUACGGCUACAAGACAUCUCAUUGUACUUCUACUCUUUACAACGACGCUGUAGAUGAGACCUGGCGCCUCUGCAGCUUCCCACGAGAAUGAGACGCCGUGUCUGGUGAUGGAUGCAGUCAGGGGAGACCCUCUGAAGCUGUCAUGCCGCGGAGUCAACGGCUGUCACCUCCAUCCCGCUAGAUGGACGAACAUUACCGGAGACCGGAGCCAAGCGAUCCAAUCCGGUAUAUUAUUA